UUAGUAAAUGGGAUAAUUCGGUCGACUGUCUGGCAUUCUGUUUAACAAUGAUCCUACACUAACAUUAUUGUAAUUACAAUUGAUCAAAAUUUGAAAAAUUAUUCUAUUUUAUUAUUAUUUUUAUAUUACACUCAAUAAAUUAGCAAUGGUUAGAACAAAGCAAUCUAUGAACUACGUUGUUUCCGUUGGGAAAUCGUCAAAAUCGUCAUCUGGAAAAUCGAGUAGCUCCGGUGGAUCGUCUUCGUCGGCUUCACAUUCCUCAAGCAAUUCAUAUGAUCACUCAUCAACGCCCAGUAAAGGAAAAAAAUAUUCAGGAGGAAAUCCAGUGUGUCCUAGGGAAACGCCAGCUUGGCAAAAGGAGAUAACGUGUUUUUUUAUGUCUAACAAUCAAAAUUCGACCAAUGGUCUGUGUAAAGACGAAGAAAAAUCAGAACACAAUUCUUAUGAACUGUCAGCUGGUUCUUCAGGAUCAAGAGAGACAAUACAUUGACAGAUGGGUUUAUUAUUUCAGCAGUGUAAACCGAUAUAAUUAUUUUUAUAUUUAACAAAUAAUGUAUAUAUCGAAAUUUAUGUUUAAUUAUUUUCAUUAGAAUUAUAUAAUUGUUGACUAGGCGGUAAAAUUAUUUCUAUUCACAGUCUUGUGACAUUUAAGAUUUUAUAUUUAUAAGUUAUUAUUUUAAAUAAAAACUUUUUACGACUGAAA